AUGGGUUUUCCUUAUGAAAAAAUGUCAGCAACUGAAACUCCAUCAUCAUCAGCUGUUUUCAUCGAUGGAUCAAUCAAUAUUCAACAGCCACCUGUUCGUAUUCGUCAUUAUUUUGUAUUCUCACUCUUUUCGGCUAUUUGUUUAUGUCCCGCAACAGGUCUUAUUGCAUUGGCUUAUUCAUUAAAAAGUUCAGCUAAAGCUGAUGUAAAAUUUCAUGAUAAAGCUCGACUUUAUGCUCGUCGUGCAUUACUUUGGAAUUUAAUUUCCGUUAUUCUCGUUAUAUGUUCACUUUUUAUGAUUUUGGCAUUUUUUUAUUAUUUCAAUGAAAUGAUAAAAGUCUAUGGAAAUACAAUGGACGAUAUGUUUCAAAAACAACGUACAAAUGAUCUCAAUAAUGAAAUUAAUCGAAUGAUUCAAUCAUUCACAAAUGAAAAAUAA